AUGGCACAGGCACAGGGUGAGCUGUGGGCUGCCUGGCCCCAGUAUGCCUCAGACACUGAUGGACGCUGUGGCUCCAUGUGUGCAUAUUCCCAGCAGCUGGAGAGCCCAAUCAGAGAUACCAGUGAAGAGGGAAAAGAGACAUAUCUCUGUCAGGACACUGCCCUGCAAAACUGCCUCCCGCUUCCAGGGAUCAGCAUCCUUGACAAACUCAUCAAGACCUGUCCCGUCUGGCUUCAGCUGAACAUGAACCAGGAAAGGGCUGGGGCAAUCCUUGGCAAAGAAACAGCAGGGAUAUUCUUGGUUAGGAAAGAGGGUAACAUGAACAACAUGGUCCUCGCAGUUCGCCUGCCUGUGCAGAACGAGGAUCCCGCUGUGCUGGAGUACAACAUUAAAGAAGAAAAAUCAAUCCUGUACCUGGAAGGAUCUGUCCUUGUAUUUGAGGAUGUCUUCAAACUGGUUGCCUUCUACUGCGUCAGCAGGGAUUUGCUGCCCUUCACUCUGAAGCUGCCACAAGCAAUAUUAGAAGCCAGUAGCUUUCAAGACCUUGAAAUUAUCUCUAGUCUGGGGAUAGAUUUCUGGGAUUCCUCCUUAAACCACAGAAGAAGAGAGGAGUUAUCCCACCCUGCAAAAGACACUGCUUUCAUUACUGCCCAGGCAGACAGUUUAAGAUCUACCCAAUGUUUUGCAAGUAGCACAAACCACUGCUCAUGUGAAAUUGAGUUGUCAAUAGGAAAUGACAGGCUGUGGUUCGUGAAUCCUAUUUUUAUAGAAGAGUGCAGUAAUCCUUUUCCUCCAGAUGUACCUCCUCCUAAAAGCUAUGCUGUGAGCACCAAUCUGUCCCCUGCCACCAUGAUCACUGAAAGGAAGUCUCCCCGCCGUCCCCCUCCACCUCCACCUUCUCACGCUCCUGUUCAGAAAUCUUCUCUGAAGCUCCUGCAAGGUCCCAUGACUGCCUGUGAAGAAAAUGAGCUGUUUCUUCAGCCACUAGGAAAGAGCAUCAAGGAAAUGAAAAUUGAGGGUGGUGACAACAAAGAAGAAGAAGGGAAGCAGAGCUGCUCAGUCAACGAGCCCUCGGCAGUGAGCCCCAAGAAGGGCUCCCAGCCCUCUGUUCCUCCACGGAGGCGGUUGUGUGAGAGGACCUUGGAAGAGAGCUGUGCGGGUAAGCCUGGAAGUUGUGAAACGCUGAAAGGGGAACGGACAGAAGAAAAACAAGACACAAGUACAGAGAGCAGAGAUAAAAGAUCGCUGUGCAAAAAGGCUGCAGAAAUGCCUGGGGAGGUUCCUGAAAGAGCUGUAUCACAGUUUCAGGAGACAAAGCCUGAACCUGUGGAGAAGAAGGAGGACAUGCCUGAGAUACAAAGCAAUGCCAUUGAGAAAGGAAAGACACCUCCUAUCCCACCACCGAGAAGGAAGAGGCUUUCCCAGGUACCGAGGAUUUCCAGCUCCUGCCAGUCAAUGCAAAGAACAGUGGCAGAGAUGGCCACAGCCACGGAACAGGCUCUGGGCAAAAGCAGCUCAGCCACAGUGGCAGGUGAUGCCACUUGCACACGCACCAAGACUGAACCGGGACAUAGCUGCAAAUCUGCCAGCUCAGCUGAACUGAAAGGUUCACACUCCUCCUUGGAGGGCCCAGGAGGCAGCGUCGUGGCUCAGGCAUCAGCGUCUGAGCCAGACUCCUACUCCACCAGCAGCACAGAGGAUGACCUGGAGAUGCUGAGUAGUUCAUCUGGUAAAAAGACACGCUCCAUGAUCUUGAAUAAGGCCAAGAACAGGCUGUCCUUUGUGAGCCUGUCCAAUGUCUUCACAGUCUUUUUGUCUAGUGACAGGAAGCUGCAAAAGAAGAUAGUGGAGUUGGCACAGGACAAGGAUUCGUACUUUGGCAACCUGGUGCGGGACUACAGAGUGUACAGUUUAGAGAUGAUGGCAAAGCAGAGCUCCAGCACAGAGAUGCUACAAGAAAUCCGGAUGAUGAUGACGCAGCUGAAGAGUUACUUAGUGCAGAGCACCGAGUUGAAAUCUCUGAUAGACCCAACCUCCUACACCGAGGAACAGUUAGAAGUGAUUGCUGAGACGGCUUUGUACAAAUGUGUACUGAAACCUUUAAAAGAAGCCAUUGAUUCUUACUUAAAAGAAAUCCACAACAAAGACGGAUCUUUACAGCAGCUAAAAGAGAACCAACUUGUGAUACAAAACACGACUACCACUGACCUAGGCAUCACAACCAGUGUACCUGAAACCGUUGUACUGGAAAAGAUCCUUCACAAGUUCACAACCAUGCACAAGGCCUACUCCCCAGAAAAGAAGAUUGCCAUCUUGCUGAAGUCCUGCAAACUCAUCUAUGACUCCAUGGCUCAGGGAAACCCAGGCAAGCCGUAUGGUGCAGAUGAUUUCCUCCCCGUGCUCAUGUAUGUGUUGGCCCGCAGCAACUUGACUGAAGUCCUUCUGAAUGUGGAGUAUAUGAUGGAGCUCAUGGACCCUGCUCUGCAGCUAGGGGAAGGCUCCUAUUAUUUAACCACCACCUAUGGGGCCCUGGAGCACAUCAAGAACUAUGACAAAAUCACGGUCACACGACAGCUGAGUGUGGAGGUGCAGGACUCCAUUCACCGCUGGGAGCGACGAAGGACGCUGAACAAGGCCCGAGCUUCCCGCUCAUCAGUACAGGAUUUCAUCUCUAUCUCUUUUCUGGAAAUCGGUGCUCAGUCAAGGACACUUGCUUCCCGGAAUGACACAACAGCUGAGCAGCUGAGCCAACAGUGUGCUGAAAAGUUUGAAGUCUCCCAUCCCAAGGACUAUGGACUCUUUGUUUAUGUUGAUGACCAGUGGCUGCAGCUGGACAAAGAUGCCCUUCCUCACCAUAUCAAAUCCUCCCUGCUGAAGAGUGAAACCAAGAAAGAUUUCCACUUUAUUUAUAAACCAAUAGACCAUAAAACCCCACCAGUUCCAAUUGUUAAAGAGUCAGACUUUUCCUAA